AUGUCGGGCUCUGGACGAAAAGACUUCGAUGUGAAACACAUUCUACGACUCCGCUGGAAACUCUUCAGUCACCCGUCGCCGGCCCCCGGCGGCCCAGCAGGGGGUGGCUGCUUGCAACAGGACAGCAGCGGCAGUUUCGAGCACUGGGGACCCAGCCAGAGCCGCUUGCUCAAAAGCCAAGAGAAGGGCAGCCUGAGCACAUUCUGGAAGAAGCCUUCCUCUUCCUCCUCCUCGUCUUCCUCCCCAUCCUCUUCCUCCUCUUCCUUCAACCCACUGAAUGGUACCCUGCUGCCAGUGGCCACGCGGCUGCAGCAAGGGGUGCCCGGGCAGGGUACCCAACCGCCUGCCAGGACUCUGUUCUACGUUGAGUCCCUGGAGGAGGAGGAAGUGCCUGGCAUGGACUUUCCUAGACCACACGAAAAAGGGCUGGUCCUGCAGGAGCUCAAAGUGGAGCCGGCCAACACGAGCCAGGCAACAGGUGAAGGAUGUGGACACAGACUGUCAGCAACUAGCCAUUCACUGACGCCUCCAAGUGAUCUGGACUCCAGCAGUUCUGAAGAAUUCUAUCAGGCUGUUCACCAUGCUGAGCAAACCUUCAGAAAAAUGGAAAGUUACUUGAAACAACAGCAACUCUGUGACGUUAUCCUGAUUGUUGGGAACCGAAAGAUACCUGCACAUAGGCUUGUUCUGAGCUCAGUCUCAGACUAUUUUGCUGCCAUGUUUACAAGUGAUGUUUGUGAGGCCAAGCAAGAGGAAAUCAAGAUGGAAGGCAUAGAUCCCAAUGCCCUCUGGGAUCUUGUCCAAUUUGCAUAUACAGGUUGUUUGGAAUUAAAAGAAGACACCAUCGAAAACCUCCUGGCUGCAGCGUGCCUCCUUCAGCUUCCCCAAGUGGUAGAAGUGUGCUGCCAUUUCCUCAUGAAGCUUCUGCAUCCAUCCAACUGUCUAGGAAUCCGAGCGUUUGCAGAUGCUCAAGGGUGCAUUGAAUUAAUGAAGGUGGCUCACAGCUACACGAUGGAACACAUAAUGGAAGUGAUGAGAAACCAGGAGUUUUUACUGCUUCCAGCUGAGGAGCUCCAUAAACUCCUGGCCAGUGAUGAUGUAAAUGUUCCUGAUGAAGAAACCAUCUUCCAUGCGUUGAUGAUGUGGGUCAAAUAUGACAUGCAGCGGAGAUGCAGUGACUUGAGCAUGCUUCUUGCCUUUAUAAGACUGCCACUGCUUCCGCCACAGAUAUUGGCUGACCUAGAAAAUCAUGCAUUAUUUAAGAAUGAUCUGGAAUGUCAAAAGUUGAUUCUGGAAGCGAUGAAAUAUCAUCUGUUGCCAGAAAGAAGAACUUUAAUGCAAAGUCCAAGAACUAAACCUAGAAAAUCUACAGUUGGAACUCUGUAUGCUGUAGGAGGAAUGGAUAACAACAAAGGAGCUACAACCAUAGAGAAAUAUAACCUCAGAACAAAUUUGUGGAUCCAGGCUGGGAUGAUGAAUGGCCGGAGAUUGCAGUUUGGUGUGGCUGUUAUAGAUGACAAGCUGUUUGUAAUUGGAGGUCGAGAUGGCUUAAAGACACUGAACACUGUUGAGUGUUACAAUCCCAAAACUAAGACUUGGACUGUUUUACCACCGAUGUCAACACAUAGACAUGGUCUAGGUGUGACAGUACUUGAAGGCCCCAUUUAUGCCGUGGGAGGCCAUGAUGGCUGGAGCUACCUGAACACAGUGGAGAGGUGGGAUCCCCAGAGUCAGCAGUGGACUUUUGUAGCCAGCAUGUCCAUUGCCCGAAGCACAGUUGGUGUAGCAGCACUGAAUGGCAAGUUGUAUUCAGUGGGAGGUCGUGAUGGAAGUUCGUGUUUGAGUUCCAUGGAGUAUUAUGAUCCUCAUACAAAUAAGUGGAACAUGUGUGCUCCGAUGUGCAAGAGAAGAGGGGGUGUUGGAGUGGCCACGUGUGAUGGCUUUCUGUAUGCCGUAGGGGGUCACGAUGCUCCUGCUUCAAAUCACUGUUCCCGGCUACUAGAUUAUGUAGAAAGAUAUGAUCCCAAAACAGACACAUGGACCAUGGUGGCUCCUUUGAGUAUGCCCAGAGAUGCUGUUGGAGUUUGUCUUCUUGGUGACAGAUUAUAUGCUGUUGGUGGCUAUGAUGGGCAGACAUACCUCAACACCAUGGAAUCCUAUGAUCCACAAACUAAUGAAUGGACACAGAUGGCUUCCUUGAAUAUUGGGAGAGCUGGUGCCUGUGUAGUAGUCAUCAAGCAGCCUUGACUCAUUUUUAUUUUGAGAGAUUUAACUUGCUGGAGUGAUUAUUUUUAUAUCAGAGGGCAAGAAUAAGAACUUCCUGAGACGCAAACUCUUCAAGAACAAGGAUUUCUACAGAUUCACCUACUGAUGUCAAAAAAUGGUAGAAGAUCAAACAGAAUUAUAGAAAACAAGACAACAUCAAACUGCUAUGGGAACAAUAUCUGGCCAUGUAU